GUGCGAAGUUCCUAUAUAUUGGCGGGAACUGGAACAAGCUGUGGUACACGUCGAUCCAGACCACCCCAAACAGGCUCAAUGGGUGACAUGUCUAGCCAAAUCAGGUCAAGUCUGAGGCUGGUAACAUCAACAGUGAGGACAAACCCAGCCUGCCUCUCUCCUUCCACACUGAGUCCAAACCUACAGUCACUGGGUCCUGAUUGUGACAGUGGAGCCCAGUUUGCACUGCAGGAUCCAGAGAUGGCAUCAGUGAAGCUGGAAGACUGCAGUCAAACACUGGAGCUGAAUGCCAACAUUAAAGAUGAAGCAGAGGAGAAACCGGUUUCUCUUAAACAACUGGAAUUAAGUCUGAGGCCGGUAACAUCAACAGUGAGGACAAACCCAGCCUGCCUCUCUCCUUCCGCACGGAGUCCAAACCUACAUUCACUGGGUCCUGAUUGUGACAGUGGAGCCCAGUUUGCACUGCAGGAUCCAGAGAUGGCAUCAGUGAAGCUGGAAGACUGCAGUCAAACAAUGGAGCUGAAUGUCAACAUUAAAGAUGAAGAAGAUAAGAUUGGGAAAUCUCUUUCUCAUGGAGACCGUGUUGAGACAUUCUCGACAUCCAGAGAACAACAGCAGGAAGCUCACAGAGCUAAGAGGUCUCACCACUGUCCACAUUGUGAGGAGAAUUUUUCAAUUCUAUCAAAGCUAAAAUUACAUGUAAAAAUACACACAGGAGAGAAUCUGUAUUCCUGUACUGACUGUGGGAAGAAUUUUACAACAUCAAAGGCUCUGACAGUUCAUCAGAGAGUGCACAGAGGAGAGAAGCCUUAUUCCUGCUCUGACUGUGGGGCGAGUUUCUCUCAACUGGGCACCUUAAAAAGACAUGAACGUAUACACAAAGGAGAGAAGCCUUACUCCUGCUCUGACUGUGGGGCGAGUUUCUCUCAACUGGGCGACUUAAAAACACAUGAACGUAUACAUACAGGAGAGAAGCCUUACUCCUGCUCUGACUGUGAAAAAUGCUUCAAAAGAUCAACUGCUCUAAAAGUUCACCAAAGAAAUCACACAGGAGAAAAGCCUUACUCCUGCUCUGACUGUGGAAAGAGUUUCUCUCAACUGGGCGACUUAAAAACACAUGAACGUAUACAUACAGGAGAGAAGCCUUACUCCUGCUCUGACUGUGAAAAAUGCUUCAAAACAUCAACUGAGCAAAAAGUUCACCAGAGAACACACACAGGAGAGAAGCCUUACUCCUGCUCUGACUGUGGAAAGAGCUUCUCUCAACUGGGGGACUUAAAAACACAUGAACGUAUACAUACAGGAGUGAAGCCUUACUCCUGCUCUGACUGCGGAAAGAGCUUCUCUCAACUGGGCCACUUAAAAACACAUGAACGUAUACAUACAGGAGUGAAGCCUUAUUCCUGCUCUGACUGUGGAAAGAGUUUCUCUCAACUGGACAACUUAAAAAGACAUGAACGUAUACAUACAGGAGUGAAGCCUUACUCCUGCUCUGACUGUAGAAAGAGUUUCUCUAAACUGGACAACUUAAAAAGACAUGAACGUAUACAUACAGGAGAGAAGCCUUACUCCUGCUCUUAAUGCGGCAAGAGUUUCUCCCGAUUGGGCAACGUAAAGACACACCACCGGAUACACACUUGACUGAAGCCUUAUCACUGCACUGACUGUGAGAAGAGAUUCUACAGAUUGGGCCAUUUUAAAAAGACACCAAUGUAUACAUAAAGGAGAGAAGCCUCAUCAGUUCUCUCAGUCCAGCUAAGAUUUGUCACUUAAUUCUCAUGUCAUUAAAUAAUUGGCAACAUUGAAUUGGAUCAAAUGAAGCGUAGAACGCUCUAUUGUAAAAAACAAAA